AUGUACCGGCGGCAGAAGCGGCAGCGGGCACUGACUGAAGCAGCCAGGAAGCCAGGAAUCCAAAGGACAGGUUUGGCCUCAUCCACCCACUUGGUAAAUGGCACUUUUAAAAGAUCUGCACAUUUUGAUGUUUUUGUCCCCAUCCCGACAAACUUCCGUGUCGUGUGGAUCUUUGGAGAGAUUGGACACGUCACUGUGGUCACGGAAAUCUCCGAUGGGGAGGCUCCAAUGUACAAUCCGCACUACAGGGGCAGGAGCCAGAUGUUUGACAAUGGGACACUGAGACUGGACAACGUGGCCUAUGCGGAUGCUGGGCAUUAUAGUCUCUAUGUGUAUGACGAUGAUACAUUCUCCACCAAUAUUGUUCCCUACGAUCUCAAAGUCUUUGUAAAAAAGCCAGAUGGUUCCUACAGAACCAUAAUCAAUUUAAAGAAACGAAACCACGUUCUCUUAGAGAAAAAGUUCAGAAUGGAGACCAUCAAUUCAACUAUAAACCUACUCUUCCCAGGGUGCUUCAUGGCGGUUCUGAACUUGAAGGACGCCUAUCAUCAUGUGCCAAUCCAUCAGGAUUAUCAGAAAUACCUGAGAUUUACAGUUCAGACGGAAGGGGUAUUGAAACACUGGCAGUUCCUGGCGCUCCCAUUUGGAUUAGCAGUGGCCCCCAGAGUCUUCACCAAAGUGAUAGCGGAAAUGUCAGCUCACAUCCGGGAAAAAGACAUAUUGUUUAUACCUUAUCUCGAUGAUUUCUUGAUUGUGGCAGAAACAGAGAAAGCUUGCGAGUUGGCAGUCUUGGAAGUAAUCCGCAUCUUGAAGAAGUUGGGUUGGAUUCUGAACGACAAGAAGUCAAGGCCAAGGCCUAUUCAACGUCAGCAGUUCCUGGGCCUAAUCUUGGACUUCAGACACCAGAAGUGUUUUUUAACAGAAAAGAAGAUAGCCUGUAUACAACAGAAGAUCCAAAAUUUAAUAGUUCAUCCCCGGAUCACCUUGAGAAAAGCCACCCUCCAGGCUCCAUCUCUCAGUAUAGUCUCCGAUCUUAUUGUACAUGGCACCAAUUUGACCCUCCAUUGUGAUGUCGGGAAUCAGACUGUGACUACUUACACCUUCUACCGUGGUCAGAAAAUGAUCUGCUCUGAGCCCCAUGUCACCUGCAGGGGAUCAUUUCUGGAACUCACCCCAAAGUCUAAGGAUGACAGUGGAUCCUACACCUGCCACAUCGAGAACCCGGUCAGCUCCAACACCAGCCACCCCAUCCCUGUGACCGUAUCAGUACCGGUUUCUGCAGUCACAUUGACCACUAACACCUCCGACCGAUUCCUGUGGCCGGGAAGGGAUUCGGUUUCUUUACGGUGCUCAUCCAAUGGUACAGACGUCAGAUACUCCUGGACUCUGGAUGGGGCACCAUUACCCCAGGACCCUCGAUACCAGUUAACCCUAAAUAGCUCCACGCUCAUUAUAAGCCCCGUCUCCGCUACAGAUAAUGGAUAUUUUAUGUGUACCGCUAAAAACUCGACAAAUGAGGAAAACAGCACCAGACUGUACCUCAACCUGGCCGGAAGCCCAGAAGCCGCAUCUCUGGAGUACAAAGAAUACACGCAUCCGACACGGAUAGUAAGAGUGCAACAAAAUCAAACACUAUUGAUCAAAAUCUGGCAAUUGGUGGACAUAUCAUAUGCCGAUGAUCAGCAUCCAGUCGAUGACAUCUUGGACAAGCAGUAG